UCUUUCCAACAGAUGGCGCAUGAUGUUAAAUUUUAUUGGCCACGCUUCUGGCGGAAUAAUCAUGAACCAAGACAAAGUUUUAACUUUAAUUUGUUGUUAGGUUACCAAGGCUACUUUUGUUUGAUCUAUUCAUUAAGUAAAUAAACACAGAAAUGUCCUCAUGCAUUUGCUUGGGUCCCAAAAGAGCGGGUAAAACGCACCUGCUGAAAGCUCUACAAGACCCAGAUUCCAUCGAUGAGACGACCUACUCAAUGCCCACCAUUGGUACUGGAAUCUAUCGCAUACAUUUCCCCACAAAAUCGCCCAACGGGGACAAACACAGGUCACCCCCGGCAGAUACUCAGGUUAACAUACCGCAUGGUGGUAAAAAUUUGCCCAAAUCCAUACAGAUCCUGGAGAUUGGUGGAAGUAUGGCGCCCUUGUGGCGGCAGUACUUUGAGGAUGUCAAGAAGCUGAUCUAUGUGGUGGACACCUCCAAUCUCUGCCAGAUAUCCGCCGCCGGUGUUCUUUUCUAUUCAAUCCUCACCGAGCCGCGCCUGCAGAAGGUCAAGAUCUUGUUGGUUUUGGCCAAAAUGGACUACUCCUACCGCCAGAUGCGAAACGAGGCUCUGCUCAUGCUGCAGAUGUCCAAGUUGCAGAAGCAGAUCCGCCAGCAGGUGACCAUUGUUGAGGCCAGUGCGGUCACCAAAGUGGGACUGGAUUCCAUCUACGACUGGCUGCAGAGGCCCUAAAAACAAUUCAUUUAAAUACAAAUAAUAUAAUGUUUAAUUUUACCAAAAAGAUAUCGUAAAUAUCAGAAAUGCACUACCACUGAUGAUAUUUUUAUAGCUUGUUACUUUUUUU